AUGCCUGCAUUGUGCCGACAACUCUGGGCAGAGUUGGACAUCAUCCCUAUCAUUCUUGAUGAAGAACCAGAUAUUAACGCUACCGCUAAGAGCAUGACUCGAAUUCACUUUGAAAGAAAACCUAUUGAUGAGCAAGCGGAGUCGCUUUCUAGAAAGUGCAUCAGGUUUUUUGGACCAAACAAUUUGCCAUUGCUACAUGUGGGCUUCCGCGGUAGAGUCGAAGUGGAUUCUGAUUUCCAUAUCCAACUAGCAGAUAGAAAUUCAUUUCGGCGGACCGUUCGUCCCAAGACUUGGGCAGCGAUCGACCAUUACACCUCAGACCUGAAGCGUCGUGGUGUAAAAAUAGCUUUUUUCAGUGCAACAUCCCAAGGGGGUGGUGUUUCGCUCAUGCGUCAUGCACUUCUCCGUCUGGCACACGAACUGGAAAUCGAUAUCAAGUGCCACGACCAGACGUUUUCCGCAUCACGAAGGAGGACCAAUCACAAUAUCUUACAAGGAGUCACUGCCCCGGAUGAACGAUUGAGUCGCGACAAUCAGCAGCACUUGGUCAACUGGAUCCAAGACAACGCUGAAAGAUAUUGGCUACAACGCGAGGGCCCCCUAUGUCGGCCUUUAGAUGGCGGUGCUGAUGUCAUCAUCAUUGAUGAUCCUCAGAUGCCUGGUCUAUUUCCAAUUGCAAAGGGUAUUGAUCCACAGCGCCCGGUCAUCUAUCGAAGCCAUAUUCAAAUGCGAAGCGAUCUUAUCGCAAUUACGGGAGGGCCGCAGGCAGAAGUUUGGAACUAUCUCUGGGAACAAAUUCAUGCUGCUGAUAUCUUCAUAAGUCAUCCUGUGGCCGACUUUGUGCCUAAAAAUAUCCCAUCACACCGGAUUGAUCCCGCCAAAGGGAUAGUGGAUGCCCUCGUGGCCUAUGAGAAAUUCUAUAGCCAGAUCUCUACUUUGCAUCCCGAGAUGAAGAUUCCGAAGCUUGUGAUAUGUGGUCACGGGUCUAUAGACGACCCCAACGGCUCUAUAGUAUAUGAUGCUGUUCUUCGGCAUAUGGAAAACUUUAUGCCGCAUCUCACGGCCAUGAUAUGUGUUCUGCGAUUAGGUCCCUCUGACUAG